AUGAGUGAAAGCACGCCCUUCUCGCGCCAGCGCCUCCCGGCGCCGACCGAGCCGCUGGCGGACCGCGUGGCCGCGGUCCUCGCGGAGUGCGACGCGGCACGCGUCCGCGAGAGGGCGCGGCGGGAUCGCAUCGCUGCGAUCAAGGCGCGCCCCGUGCCGCCUGCAGUCACGCCGGAGCUGCGCGCCGCGCGCGCGCGCGUGCGGGAGACGCGCGAGGCCCUCGACCGCGCGCUGGCGGCGGAGUCGGACUCCGAGUCGGAGCCGGCGCGCCCGCCGAAGAAGCCGUCCGCGGCCAGGAAGCCGUCGGCCAAGCCCGCGUCGAAGCCGGCGGCGCGCCGGCGCGCCGCCGACGACGCGCCGCCGUUCGACCCGCUCGCGGCACCAGUCAGGGCCAAGCCGGCGAAGCAGCGGCGCGCCAUCGCCGACAGUUCCGACGACGACGAGGCGCCCGCGCCGGCGCCGGCCAAGCCGGCGAAGCAGCGGCGCGCCAUCGCCGACAGUUCCGACGACGACGAGGCGCCCGCGCCGGCGCCGGCCAAGCCGGCGAAGCAGCGGCGCACCAUCGUCGAGAGCGACUCCGACGACGCGCCCGCGCCGCCGCCGCGGCCGGCGACGGCCCGCCCCGCGACCAUCUCGCAGGACGACGCGCCGCGGCCCGCGGCCAGGAAGCCGGCCGCGGCGGGCGACGCGCCGCCGGCGAUGAAGAAGCAGUCCGGCUACCUCCACCACAACGCCCAGAACCGGGAGCUCGCCCGGGCCAUGGUCGAGAGCGACCCGGCGACGGCCGGGCUCGGCGCGCAGGAGCGGAACCAGGCCGUCAUGAAGAAGCUCGCGGCCAUGUGGGGCGAGCUCGACGCCGCGCAGAAGCAGGCGUUCGCCGACGACGCGCCGCUCGUCGCCGUCAAGCCGCGCAAGGCGAAGAAGGGCGCCGCGAAGCCCGCCGCGCGGGCGAAGCCGCGGGCGCCGAAGCCGGCCGCGCCGCGGGCGGAGACCGACGAGGAGAUGGCGCGGCGGCUCCAGCAGGAGUGGGCCUCGCCGCCGGCCCGGGCGACGCGGCGCGGCUCGCUGUCGCCCGAGGCCGCGCCGCCCGCGUCGCCGCCCGCGCCGCCGCCGGCCGCGGCGCCCCCGAGGCGCAAGCCGUCGCGCAAGGAGCCCAUGUCGCAGCAGUCGAGCGACGAGGACGACUUCGACGCCGUCUUCCCCGCGCGCAGCGCGGCGAAGCCCGCCGCGAAGCGCCGGCGCGGCGACGCCGGCGGCGGCGGCGCGGCGAAGCCACGCGGCCGCGCGCCCCGGAACCGGUCCGGCGAGCCCGCGACCUGGGACGCGGCCGCGGGCCGGUGGCUCGACGUCGCGCCCCGCAAGAGCGCCGCGGCGCCCAAGGCCGCCGCGCCGCCGACCGCCGGCGACUCGAGCGCCGACGAGGCGCCGCCGGCGCGGCCGCGGGGCCGGCCGCGCAAGAGCGCCGGGGCGCCGCCGGCCGCGCCCGCGGCGCCGCCCGCGAAGCGCAAGAUCCGCGCCGCGCCGCGCCACUCCGCGGCCCCGUCGGCCGGCUCGUCCGCCGGGUCGUCGUCCGACUCCGAGGACAGCGCCCGGCGCAAGCCGGCCCGGAAGAAGAAGCGGAAGAAGAAGCGCGCGAACCCGAUGGCCGGCCUCGAGGGCUUCACGCUGCCCAAGCUGAAGAAGACGUAA